AUGGCGGCUCGGGAGAGGCGGCCGCAGUCGAAGCCUGACCUGCUACCGGUCGAGAUUGACAAGGAGAAGCUUAAAAAGGCGUUCGACUUCUCGCAUUUUGAUAUCAACGCUAUACUGCGAGGCAUUGAGCUGACGCUUGUGGGAGCCAACCGAGCGCUUCAGAACCCGGCCUUGUUCACCUCCGAUCACUAUAGACAAGCGGCUAUCGCGGUGGCAGCUGGUAUUGCCAUUCGUCUGGGCAUCUCUAUUCCAAUCAUCGGCGUCAGGGUCUUCCUCUGGUUCCUGUCUCUCAUCUUCAACCUCGACUCUGUGACCUGGGACGACAAGGUGGUGGAUGGCCUGAACUUCGUGGCCGACCAUGUGCUUCAGGUGCCACUCUUCUUGAUGACGUUGAUGCGCUACAUCACACCAACUUUGGACAAUCUGUUCAUGGAGUCUCUGAGAUGGGUGGACAUGACAUACAUCCAGAAACACAAGGGCGAUGACCCAAAGGACCUGAGAGAUAUGUACUACCCGAAUCUGCGUCUAUACUCGACCCGCGACGGCAGCACCCACACGACGAGCACGGCGGAGGCCGUCUCUAUGUUCUUUUGGAGAUCUGGUCGGAAGGCCGUCCUCUCCCUUGCCGUCUACGCAAUGUCGUACCUGCCCGUGGUUGGUCGGUUUGUCCUGCCCGCUGCAAGUUUCUACACGUUCAACCAAGCAGUGGGCCUCGGCCCGGCAUCCGUCAUCUUUGGCACUGGAAUGUUCCUCCCAAGGCGGUACAUUGUCAUCUUCUUGCAAGCCUACUUUUCGUCUCGUAGGCUCGUGCGUGAGCUUCUCGAGCCUUAUUUCGCCCGAGUCCGCUUCACGAGUGAUCAGAAGCGCAAGUGGUUCCGCAGCCGAGAGGGUCUGUUGUUCGGGUUUGGCAUUGGAUUCUAUAUCCUCCUCCGAGUGCCUUUGCUGGGCGUCCUGAUAUAUGGCAUCGCUGAAGCUUCGGCGGCAUUCCUCAUUACCAAGGUCACCGACCCUCCCCCACCUCCUUCAAACAGCGAUGACUUUGCGGCUAGUCAGCAAGAAUGGAGAAACAAGCAGAAGUUCCUGAGCUUGUCUCUGGGAAAUCUUGACAAGAUUCACGACAAGCCUCCAGCCUACUCCGAAGUGGACCCUCACCUUGAGGCCCGGCCCAGUGAGUCUUAGUCACUCAACAACACCGGCCUGCGAUGCUUGUCUGCAGUCACGCGAAAUCUUCCAGGCCGUCUGUGCCUGGCCACCAAUGAUAUGCAAGGUCUGAGCUAUCAACUCGCUGGAAAUCUUAUAAGUACUUAUGUCGCAUUGGCUUCCCUUACCGAGUUCCGAUCGUUUGUCCCCAGAUGCACCUUAUCUGCAAAAAAUGUGGAGAUGUUGGGAUGCCCCGGCGGCAAUGUGCGGCCAAGGUCGGGAUUGGGUAAUUGGGUUCGAGAUAAGAACACACAUCCAGGCACCAAAUCGCCUGCACCCUCUCAGCGUAUCCAGACUACAUAAUUGCCGUGAUAACGGGCUGUUAAUGAGCCCCAGAGAAGGGGGGAAGGGGGGGCCAUUACGUCGUCGAUAGAGUUGUGGUCUUGUCGGAGUGCAUAUGCGGGGUAGCUUCUCGAGGUGGGAUAUAUUUCUUGAGGUCUAUCUGCGUAAGAUCUCACAAGGUCUCAGCACUGUGGCACCACUCUGCCCAAAUAAAACAAAGAUUGGACGCAUUCG